AUGUCUGACCGCAAAGUUCUCGAAGUCAGGCUAGUCGCCCUUGACGAUAGCGACAGCAUUCCGCAGCGCCGGGUCCUGCUCGCUGCUGGCCAGGAUGUAAUCGUCGGUCGCGCCUCGUCGAACCGUGGUGUUGCUGCGUCUGCCGACAACACCAAGAUCAGCAACCCGGUCAUUUCCAAGGAGCAUGCCGCCUUCACCCUCGACCCCGCCGGAACAACUGUCCUUAUCAAGGACCUCAGGAGCAUGCAUGGAACCCGUGUCGACGACCGAGAGCUCCCGCAGGGCGAGGAACGCGCCAUCUGCUCCGGUUCCACGCUGCAGUUUGGUUCCUCUGUGAUUCGCGGAAACGCCACGUACAAGCCGGCCCGCUUCAUCUUCCGCGUGGAGCCUGUCAACCCUACGAACGCCUCGCCCAUUGCCAUGCCCGUUUCCGCCACGAUGCCCCAGUCGAUGGCCUUUUCAGACACCAAGAAGGGAUACGGUGACGAUUCGUCCCUUUACAGCGAAGAUUACGACUCUGAAGACGACUACAUGUCGGACCAUGAGGCGGUCGACGUAACAUUGAUUCCAGACACAUACUCUUCUGAGCAUGAUUCUGAGGCUUCGCAAGACGACUCGUUUCAGACUUCCAGCGAUGACUCGCUUGACGAGCUUGAGGGGUACGAUGGUAUGUCGAUGGACAACUGCUGCUCCACGGAUUCUGCAUGCCUUUCUACCGAGGCCGCUGCCGAGACGGGUUCCAGCUCUGCUGCCAAGGACCAGUCCUCGUUCUGUUCUUCUUACCUAGGAGAGAGUUCCGUGCUCCCGCCUGGUACUGAUAUCGAUACGGGAAUGUCGGGUGGAGAGUGGCCGGAUUACUCCGAGGCGGAUCAGUCUACCUUCUUCUCGUCGACCUCGGCUGCUUGGACGUCUGAGCCCACGGAUCACUUCAAUUUCAAUAUGGAGACGGAUGAGCACACGUCCUCAAAGAGACUCAAGGCUCGUCCGUUCAGCAACUCUAUCAACGAUCUCUGCGAACCUGCCCCUAAGACCGAGGCCAAUCCUAGUGAAGUCACCGCCGAUGAUGCCCCUCAAGAAGCCGCUGUUGUGGGCAGUCUUCUCGAGGACCCCCCUUGCAACAUUUCUCCUGCUUCUGUCGACGACCAGAACAUGGCAGACAUCCAACCCUUGGUUGACGAUACCGUGAUCUCCGCAGAGCCAGCUGAAGGAAGUAAGGUCGAGCCAACCUGCGUGAAACGUUCUGCAGGUGAGGCCGAACUCGAUGCUGAGCCCACUGAUGAGCCCAGCACCGGCGUUAAGGCCAACCAGAUCGCCACGCCAGAGCAAAUGUCCAGUCGCCGCCUAGCCACCUUCACACGCCGUGCUCGCGACAUUGGCAUCGGGGCUGUUGUUGGUGGUGUUGCCAUGUUCACGCUGCUGGUUGGCAGCGGCGAUCCUGCGUAA